GUUUGCAUCGCUGUGUUCUAUUGAAUCAUGUGGAGACUUGGGACAGGAAGGCCCUCAGAAACCUGAGAUCUUGGGGCUGCUUGCCCUGAGGGCUGAAGAUGGCCCUCUGAAAACAAAGUCUCAGGCCAAAAUCCUAGACGUCCCCAAGACAUCUAGUUGCCGAAAUUCACCACCUGGCUGGAAACAUAAUUGUGAUUCCUAGAAGGAACACUGUUUCCAGAGCUGGUUGCUCUGGCAACACAUACCUUUGAAAUGGGAUUAGAGGACAGAGGAUUGGAUCAACAUGCUUGGCCAGGUGCAAGAUAACCAACAAUUUAAGAGGCAUACAUCAGAACGUAGAGGCACAGUCCCAGUCUUAACUCCUAGGCUAGAAGAGCUGGCUAAAUGCAAAACCGUACAUCCACGUUAUAAAGCAGACAGACCCACCGCUGAAUGGUUUGUGACAGAGGCAGCUCUGAGGGCGCAGGCAUCACCCAGGUUGAAGGAGCUGGCACGGCCUCGGCCUUGCCCAGCUGGCUGGGAAUUCCAUCGUUCCCCUUAUUCUGUGGUGACUCAGGCAGCAAAGAAUGCCGUAGCCUCAGAGAGGCUACUUGCUCUAGCCAAGCCAAGGCCACAAGCCACAGAAGCAAACACAAAAUCUGGAAAGUAAAUCCAAGGAGUGGUUGUUGAAUUUGCAAAGCUUGGCAGACUCUCUGAACCUUAGAUCUACAUCUUAGGCGGUGGCAAACCUUACCAAGUUUCUAAGCCUGCUCUUCAGUAUUUACCUGGUCCUCACAUUCUUGAAAUCAGCCAUCCUGGGAGAGUAAAGGCAAAGUGGACAUUACUCAGCCAUGACAUUGACCAGCUUGAGGAAGUGAUUAAAGUAUCUUGCACCCAUCAA